AAAAGGACCGCCUUUACCGCGUGAAAUCUCACCAUUUGAUUGGUUAACUUUUCCUUUCAUGAUUAUGCAAAAUACGAGAACUGAAUGCGGAAAUGUAUCCUGGCCAAUGGAAUUCAGAACACGCGAGAAGUAGCCAAUAGCUUUGAAGGAUGAAUCGUGCAGUGGGUGGUAUAAAAUCUUGUCUCUACGUUAGUAAGCUUCAGUUUGCUCUCAUUUUUUGAGAAGGGAAGUGAUCGAUUAGAAAUGUCUGGAAGAGGAAAGACCGGUGGUAAAGCCAGGGCUAAGGCCAAGACUCGUUCAUCUCGAGCUGGUCUUCAGUUUCCUGUUGGCCGUGUGCAUAGACUUUUGAGGAAGGGGAAUUACGCCGAACGUGUUGGUGCUGGGGCUCCUGUCUAUUUAGCAGCUGUUCUUGAGUAUCUGACUGCUGAAAUUCUUGAGCUCGCUGGUAAUGCGGCCCGGGACAAUAAGAAGACUCGUAUCAUCCCUCGCCAUUUGCAGCUUGCUGUUCGUAAUGAUGAAGAGCUGAAUAAGCUGUUGGGCGGUGUCACCAUUGCUCAGGGUGGAGUGCUGCCUAAUAUUCAGGCUGUUCUGUUGCCUAAGAAGAGUGGCCAGGGUACCGUCAGUACCAGCAAGUCGGGCAAGAAGAGCUCCCAGCAAUCGCAGGAGUACUAAACUCCCUUCCUUACCUCUUGUAUAUCCCAAAGGCCCUUUUAAGGGCCACCAAAUCCUGUCAAAGAGCUAUUCUGUUAAUGCAAGAAUGAUGUACGUAUAGUAUUUAAAAAUUUCGUACCGUAUGGAAUCGUUUUAGUAGAUAAUCACGUUGUUUGGUUUUUGUUAAAGGAACAAGUGUACCUUUGUCUUUAGUCCUAAAUACUUUAUAAAUGGGUCUUUUGCUUUUAAUUCUCUGAUGCACGUAGAGGACUUGUACUCGCGUCUCUGCCUUUUUAAGCACCGAUAAGUAAUUUUAACAUUGAGCUCUUAGUGUCUGUGCAAUACAUGCAUUAAUUUUUCGCGUAUGGGAUCGGUGCGAUUUAAGAUUUAAUAUCGCACACUCUAAUCCAGGUAUAUUAAGAUGGUUAACUUUUUUUUCAACUCGCGGUAAGAAUUCUGGAAAGGCCUGUCUAUUACUAAACCGCGUGUAUGUUUUGAUUGGCGUUAAGUUGGGGGAUGGGGUGAGCGACAGGUAGGCGAUCGGUCUUGGUAUUUUUGUUAACCGCCCCAUGAUUUCAUGACUGACUUUGGGUAAAUUCAAACUUAUCUACUUUAGCCAAGGCGGCUUAUCAGAUUUGAGAUGUGAUUUUUUUUUUCCUCUCAGGUGAAACCCGCACUCCGAGUAAAGUGAUUUUAUACGCACUUUUACCCCGCGAUUAACUCUCAAUUUGCUCUGGGCUACACCCGAAUGCAGCUACAAAAGGAACCGCAACUCGAGGGGGAAAAUCUGUCCAAUGUCCUGCUGAUUUGCUUUGUUAAAGUUUAAACUAUAUUUUUAGUGGGUUUUGAUUUCUCUAGGGUGAGAAUGUUGGAUGUUUAUUAUAAUCCAGUUUCGCUUGGCUUUAUUCGGGGAGUAAUUUUUAGAUAAAUAUAUAAUCUAUUGUAUUGAGAUAUAUAUCUAUAUAUAUAUAUAUAUAUAUAUAUAUAUAUAUAUAUAUAUAUAUAUUAGUGUUGAUGGCACUUCUCGCUAAACUUGGAGCAGACCUCAAUCAAUUGUAGUUAUGAAUUUUAGCCACUAGAGGGCCGCAUUGCCCUAACUUGGUCUAUACCAAGCGUUUUCUGUAUGCGCUUUUGCCAAUUUCUUGGCCAGUAUCCGUUCGACUGUGCGCAAAACCGAUCAGUACUGGAUGCAGUGUUUAUCCCAGCGUAGGGCACGCUCAACCCCUACCUACCGUGGGUCUAAGUGUUCAGUUUAACAAACGUUUUUUUACGACAUGGCUCAAAACCGAGAUGCACAAGCCUAACAUCUACGUAGUCCCGUUGCUUGGGGGAUUUGCAGUUUUACUAAAACUGCAAUAGAUUGGUGAGGGUUCAUGUUCAAUCACUAUGUAAGUUAAAUAUUGGUUUAUUUAGACUGUUUUAAUUGAGCACUUCCAACAUGGGGUAAUGUGCUAUGCAAAUAUAAUUUUUACUUGGGUUUGUACAAAUUGUAGUAUUUGAAUAUUUAAUACUCGGCAGUGAUGCUGUGCCUCUCAUCUGGGUAUAUUUGUGUGUAAAUGGAUGAAUUAUACCUAAUGUGAAAUUACUAGUAGUUGCAUUAAAAUUCUAAACUUAAUUUUUUUAA